AUGGCUUGCAGCGGGAAGCGCUCUGCACGAGACUGCAUCGAGCGCUGUGAGAGCCUCAACUUUCCGAGCUGCUUCAGGCGAUCUGGCUUCAGCUUCAUUGGUCCCUGGACGGCACAUGAGCGUCAGGAUGCAUCCAUUUUCAUACCGUGUUGCCCGAUAUCGUUUCAGAAACGGAAGUUUGUACGUUUUAGACGAGGUUCCGCGAGCGUCCGGCGUACGCAGCGCGGAGGCGACGUUCGAGCGAGUUCGAGUGACCAGAACGGCUCCGUCGCCCGUGACGACGUAGACACGCCACUAGCCCGACGGGGGCAUCACCCGGAGACGCAGCCUCCUGACACGACUCAAUUCGCUCAAGCAGGUGCGAACGGCGGGUCAGAGACACCAGCGAAAACGGCGUUUCAACCAGCGCUGGCCCCGAGCCUUGCACACACGUUGGAGCGACGCCUGCCGCAACUCCGCAGCACGUUUCUCAGCCUAUUCGGAUGUAUUACAGUGCUAUUUAUUCGCUUUGCAACGGCCACUGUUUUCCUGGGCAUCAUGGUGUUGGCCUGGCUCGGAUACUUUGCCGCGAAUCAACGGCUGGGUGCGCUCGUUCACAGCGCAGCUUCAACGUCGCUAGGACGCUCCAUUAAAGUCGGGAGACUGAAGCGGCUCGUAUUGCCACUCGGUGUUGCCGCUGGAAAACUCGAGAUGGCCCCGGAUGCCUCCAAACCCUGUGGUUCACUCGGUGCGGUGCAAGUACGACUAGCCAUCGAGCCGCGUCGCUGGAUAACCCUUCGUACUGGACGAGUACGUUUCGAUGUGCAGUUCCGGCGGGUUGCCCUGGAACUACACCAGCAUCAGCCGGGCGAAUGGGACCUCGGAUGGUCAGUCACGCCAGGCAAACGCACCGACGAUGCCUCCAGCGACGUCAACACCGCCGAUGCACUGCCCAGCGGGCAACGAGCCCGCAGUGUCCCAACACAGGAGUUACCAGCGAACGGUGCCGAGCAAGCGCUGCCUCCGGCGUUAGCGGAAGCGACGCUACCCGUGGCGCUUCGUGUGGUAGAGUUCAAACGCUCAAGCGUCGCAUUGGACGUGCUAGGGACAGGUGACUCGGCCUUUGGCCGAGGAAUUUAUGUGUUCCGGGGGAUUCACGGGCGCCUGGUGUUUGCCCAGGGCAUGAACGCGCUCACGGGCAAGCUGUCGUUCGAAACUGAGCACCGGGGAGCGGGAUCCUGCGAGCUCGCCCUCGACUUGCAGCGCAAUAUUCAUCGUAUCAGCGUACAGACUAGAGCGCUGCCGGCGAAAACUGUGGUAGCGCUGCUGAACCUGCCCUUCGAAAGCGAUACAGGUCGAGUGCACGGCCAGGUCGCGUUGGUGCUGCGACCCGAUGCCAAGGCUCCCGAACUGACCGGAACCGGUAGAUUGCAGCAGGUAGCACUGCGACUCGCCCCUGACGCGCCAAGUUUCACGGGCAUAUCGGGUCGCCUCCGCUUCGAUGAAUCGAUGGUGAUCUUCGAGGGCCCAACCGGUUUCUUCGGGCAGCUACCCAUAACCGUCGUCGGGUCCAUCGACUUGUCCAAAGACUACAAUCUGAUUGGUUUCGUGCGUCGGGUAGCGAUCAGCGACGUGCUCAAGACGUUUCGAGUGGAGUCUCCGAUUCCUGUCCAUGGGAGCGUCAAGGCAGAGGUUCGCAUGCAUGGCCCACUGGAGAGUCCGCUUCUCACUGGAGCUGCGAUUUCAGUCGGAGCUCCCUGGAGAGCGGAUCGAAUUCAUCUGCGAAAUGCCCGGGCAGACUUCCAGCUUGAUACGCGUUCAAUGGAACUGCAGAUUGCCGCAAUGGAAGCGACGCUUCAGGAUGGCGGUCAACUUAGCGGCCAUGGUGUACUGAAACUGGCUGCGAACGGUGCUGUGACCGCCUCGUCAAUUCGGGAUACCGAAGCAAACGAGUCAUCGUCUCCGGUUGCAGUGAACGAUUCCAGAGCAGAGCGAGAUCCUGCAACACAGGAGCCGUCUGUUCAGCUGGCGCUGAACCUUCGCGGUGCCCACGCUGGCCCCUUGUUGGCGAGGUAUCUCCAUGAACCCGGCAAGCAGGGCACCGUUAUGGACCCUAUUGGCCGCCUGUCUGCGGAGCUGACGGUUUCAGGUCCGUUGAGCGAGGCGGAACUCAACUUGCGGUGGCGUCUGGUGGGCACUGCGCCACCAGAGGCAUCGCAGACGGUUGCGUCUUGCGGGGCGGAAGCACCCACACCGAAUGCGAAGCUCUAUGGAGCGGCCUCCGGAACGCUCCGGAUGCCCCUGGUUGCUCGACAUACCAAUGCGAAUAUCGAUAUCAAUACAGGUACCGGUGCUCGUGCGUUAGCUCCAGUUCCAGCUCCUCCUCGUACUGCUGUAACUGGGAAUACCAGUACGGAUCCGGAGCCUCAGCGCCUUCGUUUCACCCUAGACGCCUAUGGUAUCGACCUGCGUCGUCUAGCAUGGCGACCGGAAUGGACGACUGCUCCCAAGGCACUGCUGGACACGCGUCUUUCCGCGGAUGUAACGCUGCAACAACCGAAGCGCUCUACAGCCGACGCCGCACAACGCCAACAGGCUCCUUGCGUAGAAGCGUUUCUCGACGUGAGACGCUUGCAGCUGAACGAGUUCGGCUAUACGCGUCGUCUUGCGGGAAAACUGCGCUUUCAUCCAGACGAGGGUGUGCAGUUCCAGGCGCUUCCGCAUGAGCACAGCUCAGCGCAACGCAGCGCUGCUUCGACUCUGCAGCCAGGAAGCGACGAACUCCAAAAGCUACCUGUUUUCCUCAGCGUUCAACUGGACCCGAGUUUCCGACGUGAUCUGGCGGUGCAUCUUCGUCGUGAUCGUUUCCGUCUUGAUGUUUCGUACCAGGAAAACAGCCGCUUCGAAGCAUGUCUCGAAAAUAUGCCCAUCGAAGAGUUGCUCGGCCCCGAUUACGGGGCUGGUGGCCUCGUUGAAGCCACCUUGUCCGUUGACCUGCAACAGGAGCGUGGCACGGGCUCGUUUGCCCUCCGUGAUGCGUAUUUUCGUCAGUUUCGUUGCCGGGCGUUCGCCGGUGAGCUCUUCUGGCUCGAUAAGACCGUGUUUCUGCAGAACAGCGUGAUCCAGCAAGCGCGUUCCGAAUACCACAUUGAGGGCGUCUACUCGUCCAGCAAUGUUGCCGUGGGGUCAGCUGCGUCAACGCUGCCCAGUUGGCAGACCAAGAUCGUGAUUCCUCGCGGGGAUAUCGCGGAGCUCGCCUGUCUCGCCCAGGCGGUGAACGGGCAACUGGACCCAACGAUCCUCUCGUAUUGGGAAAUUCCCCCGCAUCUCUCUCUGGAGGAGCAGAUUCUCUGGUUUGCAGACUAUCUCUGUCAGAGCGCUGAUGUGUCUCCCGACGAUUUUCUCAAUGACGAUCGCACACUGCCGCGAAGGGCAGAGCCCGGGAGCAGCGCUUCCCCUGCUGGCGACGCAAGCGCCGGGUGCCGUCAUCUCAGCUGA